GGGGAGGCCUUUGCUGGGAGGCUUUAGCAAAGCAGGAGCAACACAGCAGCGGAGUGAAAUCAGCUCUGUUCCCAGAAACAGGAUAGGUUUGGAAGUCAGGUGCAGGCUGGAGCUGACUACGGCAGAAUCAAGCUCCAGCCCAGCGAGCACCGCUAAUAGCCCAGGGUUGCCCAGGCUACCUGAGGCUGCUGGGGCAUUAAUCACGGCGUGUGUGGCUGGGCAGCCUGUGCUCCUGCACCAUGCGCGCCCUGCCACGGCCUCGCUGCUCGCCUGGUGGCAGCGCUGCCUUGGCAAUUAGUGCUGAGUAAUGGAAAGAGCAGCGCCGGCGCAGCCACGGCAAGGGCAGCCUGGCUUUGCGUUAACACCAGGUGCUCCGUUUCUGUGUUUCACAGGCUCUCCGUUCCACCCUCAGCUCCUGGGGUGACCUUCAUGUCCCAGCGCUGGCCCCUCUGGCCAUUCCAUGGCAGAUCAGCCUUGGCCUAAGGGCGCACAUGUGCCCUUAGAUAGGAGCAUGUGGUGGGGGACUGCUGCUGCUGGAGGCUUCCUCAUUCACACAACCAGGGAACGCCAGGGUGGAAGGGACCCCAAGCAUCAUCUGAUCCAAGCACGCAGCCUUUUGCCUGCCUGGCACCCGGCACUGCCUCCUCAGGAGCCGAGCUCUUCGCUCCCUACACGAAGGCAUUUCCCGGUCGGCUGACGAAGGAAUAUUUCCCGUUUCCUCACUGCCGAGCCCGCCGACAGCAUCUCUGGGUGAGCGACGGGUGAGAGGGUUGCAGGAGGAGCAGCCACUGCCUGUGCGCCGUAGAGCUCCUGGAUUUGGGCAAUGUCUACAACUACCUGAGGGGUGGUUGUGGCCAGGAGGAGGUUGCUCUCUUCUCUCAGGUGGCCAGCGCCAGAACGAGAGGACACAGCCUCAGGCUGCGCCAGGGGAGAUUUAGGCUGGAGGCACACCAGGAAAAAAAGUAUCUGCGUUGUUGGAUCUGAUAGAGAGUGCUGGGAGACGACCUGUACUACUGAGCCUCGCAGUUUAUCAUCACGAAGAAAUACAUGAAUUAAAUAAAUUCUGAUCUUAAUCUAUGCAAAGUUUCUUCCCAGCCGCUGAGCCAGCUGCUGGCUUGCUCCUGCCCUUGCCUCUAGCCUUCCUUUGCUCCAGCACAGUGGUGAGGCUGGAUCCAGUGGAAAUCAAGGAUUGAACAAAUGAACUGGGCACGUUGCUGACUUUAAUUUAGGUGUCACUGGGACUGCUCAGUGGCUUCACCUCGAGCACUUGAAGUGCUGUCGAUGGAAGGGUCUGCAGGAAGGGUCUCGGGAAGGUAUUGCACAGAAUGGGUCUGAAUCAAAGCCAGGGAGAGCAUUCUCCAUCUUCCCCAGGGAAAGGCAGAACCACUUUUUGCAGAUGACAAAGGGACUUCCCCAUCAAUCCACGGAGAGAAUAAAACCCAAGGGAUGAUCCAGGCAAUGAAAAGUGCUAAUAAGCCUCCUCAGAAAAACCUAGGACCUAAGUUUACAUCUCUAAGAGGCAGAGUGGUUGUGCCCAGCAGAGCUGAUAAUCUCUGCUUGCCCGGGCUGUGAUGGAUAGAAGAGAGGUCAGUCCUUCAGAGCAGUUAAUGAUACUGUAAAUCACCUAAGCCCAGACACAUCCAAACAAAAACUUCCCACAAAAGCUUUUGGUCCUCUUAUUCAGCCCAGUCCUUCCCUAGAAAGAGCUGAAGCAGUCGGUGCAAUUAACUGGCCAUCAGGAGCACACAAAAGGACAGAACACCACAAUCGCCCUGUAAAGAUGUCGAACAGUUUUAUGGCUCAUAUGCCGGAUUUGAUACUUCUGAUUCAUUCAGACCUCACACAGAUGAUUAGAGCAUCGAUAAACAUCAUCCUGCUCUGGGUCCCUCUCUGUGGGUCCCUUCCAGAUCUCCUUACUAGAGGGGGUUUGGAAGGGACCCACAGCCACAGAGUCUGUCCCGGAGCCCUCCUCGGGCAUGGGUCCAGCUCUGCAGCAGGGAAGGAAUCCCUGAUUCACGACUCGGGCUUCUCCCGGCGCCCCGGGCCUAGCGCGGCCUGGAGAAGCCUCACCACGCGGUUGCCAUGGCAACGCGGCGCCGGCGGCGGAGCCGUUGCUAGGAUACGGCUUCGGGUUCGGCGCCGGCGCCACCGGAAGUGCUUCCUACUUCCGGCCGUGCGGCAGCAUGGAGGCUCAGGAUCUGUUUCGGCGCCUGGGUGCCGGCGCUCGUUUCGAUGUGCGGCGCUUCGGGCAAGACGCGAGGCGAUUCGGGGUGAUGAAAGGGAGCAGAGGCAGCGUCUUGCCGGAGAACCUCGACUUCUUCGGGCACAAGGAAGAAGCCCCCUUGAGGUCUGGUGAGGAGGGCUGGGGGCUCGAAAGGGCUGAAGAGAAGCAGGAGGAGGACGGAAUAGGGAAAACCAAGGAAGAGGUGGCAGGAAAGAGAAAAAGAUCUGCAGAAAGCAGCAAAGGAAAGAGAAGAAAGAAGAAGACACAAGGAGGAGCAUCAAUGCCAGAGUUGUCAGAAAGCAAUGGGAUAAAGUGGAUGUCCUCUCUUGAAGCAAAAUUUGAAGAUGCAAAAGACAAAAAGCCUACUGCAGAAAAACUUGAACGCUUGAGGAGAGAAAAGAUAAACCGCUUCAGAAAUAAGCACAGGAUCAGCAUUCAGGGCACAGAUCUUCCUGACCCCAUUGCCACCUUUGAUCAGCUUCAAAAGGAGUACCAAGUCCACCCUAAAAUCAUGGAGAACGUGCACGCUGCCGGUUUCCAGGUCCCAACACCAAUCCAGAUGCAGGCUAUUCCUGUCAUGCUCCAUGGUCGGGAACUUCUAGCUUCAGCUCCUACUGGUUCUGGAAAAACUCUGGCAUUUUGUAUUCCUCUCUUAACUCAUCUGAAACAACCCAGGAACAAAGGAUUCAGAGCUCUGAUCAUAGCACCCACGCGAGAGCUUGCCAGCCAGACACACAGGGAACUGAUGAAGCUGGCUGAGGGGACUGGCUUCAGAAUACACAUGAUCCAUAAGGCAGCUGAAGCAGCAAAGAAGUUUGGGUCCAAGUCUUCUAAGAAAUUUGACAUUCUAGUGACUACUCCCAACAGACUCAUUUAUUUGCUGAAACAAGAUCCUCCAGCAAUAGAUUUGUCCAGUGUGGAGUGGCUGGUGGUGGAUGAGUCAGACAAACUGUUUGAAGAUGGCAAGUCAGGGUUCCGAGAGCAGCUGGCCUGCAUCUUCCUGGCCUGCACGUCCCCCAUGGUGAGAAGAGCCCUGUUCAGCGCCACUUUUGCUCAUGAUGUAGAGGAGUGGUGUAAACUCAACCUUGACAGCGUUGUUCUGGUGUCUGUUGGAGCAAGAAACUCUGCAGCAGAGACAGUGGAACAAGAGCUGCUGUUUGUUGGAUCUGAGACGGGAAAACUAACAGCCAUGAGAGAGCUUGUCAAAAAGGGUUUUGCUCCUCCAGUCCUUGUCUUUGUGCAGUCUAUUGAGAGAGCUAAAGAGCUUUUCCAUGAACUGAUUUAUGAAGGCAUCAAUGUGGAUGUCAUCCACGCAGACAAGACCCAGCAACAGAGAGAUAAGGUAGUGCACAGCUUCAGAGCUGGGAAGAUCUGGGUGCUCAUCUGCUCAGCCUUGCUGGCUCGAGGGAUUGACUUCAAAGGAGUGAAUAUGGUCAUCAAUUAUGAUUUGCCGACGAGUGCAGUGGAAUACAUCCACAGGAUAGGUCGCACAGGGAGAGCAGGGCACAGGGGCAGAGCUGUCACCUUCUUCACAGAAGAUGAUAAACCUUUACUGCGGAGCAUAGCCAACGUGAUUCAGAGAGCUGGCUGUCCUGUGCCAGACUACAUCAAGCACUUGCCCAGGCUGCAAAGCAAACAAAAGAAGAAGUUCAUUAAGAAACCCCUGACAAGAGAAUCUAUCUGCACCACCCCUCAGUGCUUCUUGAAAAAGGGCAAAAGAAAAAUGAGAACUGCUAAGGAAAAUAUUGAGGGGAAAAAGAAAGUUAAAGAUGGUAAAAAUGUCAGUAAAUCAGAGACUGCUUCACAAAGCUGAAGAGCAAGAGGCUGCCCUGAGCUGGGGCUGACCCCUCAGCCCAUGCUGAAGGACAGAAGAAUGAAGAUAAAGGCAAAGAGGAAAGGAGGAAAACAUCUCUUAUGUUCCCUUGUGGGACAUGCAAGAAAGUAUCUACUGCAGUGCUAGCAGAGGAUUCCUGACUGCUGCUCAGCAGCUAAGAAGCAUGCUCAUGCAGCUCAGAAAUAGCAACUGUUUGUGCUGCUCUCACACAGCUUUGUAUUGCUCCUUGGGAGUGCUGACAGUCCCUCUUCAGAUCAUCCUUAAUUUGUUUGUCAGCCUUCCAGAAGGUUCAGUGGCAGGAAACACACAGAACUUACUGUUAGGCUUGAUCCAUGCAGCUGUCAAAGGCUUCUCUGGACACUCACAGAGACCAAACCAAGCCCAGCUGUAUGUAGAAGUAAAGCCUUGCCCCUCACUUUUUCCCUCAGAUCAUUUUGAAACAACCAAUACUGUGUCUGUACACUGCUAUGUUUGUACUGUUUCAUAUUUAAGCCUCAAGACAAUAAAUAGAUGAUAAAAUAUUCUAA